CACGAGAUGGCAAUUACUGAUCUAAGGCAGGUCGUUUCUCCUUCAACUUCGCUACCACCACAACCUGUCUCUCUUAUCUCCACAUCCACUCGAAACGAUAGUGCGUCUCUUUCAUUAUUUAUGCAAAAGCUCGGUGCCCAGCAGCUUGUAUAUGCAUUUUGUCAGUGGUUUUGUCAUUGGGAAUAUGGAUUUUUUGUGGAUACUUGAUUUUUUCCAGGGUAUGAUAAAGCCGGCGGCAGCCACGGCGGUGGUGCUAAUGGCUGUGCUGUUGUCCAUCUUUCAAAAGCUUGGAUUGGAGGGUGAAAUGAUUUAUUCCAUUUUCAGGGCUUUUCUUCAACUCUCUGUUAUUGGCUUUGUUCUUCAGUUCAUUUUUACCCAAGAAAACAGUGGUUGGAUCAUUCUUGCUUACCUUUUCAUGGUCACAGUUGCUGGUUAUACGGCCGGUCAACGGGCGAAACAUGUACCCCGUGGGAAGUACGUUGCUGGAGCUUCCAUCCUGGCCGGAACUGCAGUGACCAUGUUUUUGCUUGUUAUACUAAGGGUCUUCCCUUUCACUCCAAGAUACAUCAUUCCUGUUGCGGGAAUGAUGGUUGGAAAUGCAAUGACAGUAACCGGAGUAACAAUGAAAAGACUUCGAGAUGAUAUCAAGACACAAUUGAACUUGGUGGAGACAGCAUUAGCUCUGGGUGCAACGCCACGGCAAGCAACACUUCUGCAAGUGAAGAGGGCUCUGGUUAUUGCACUCUCUCCGGUAUUGGACAACGCCAAAACCGUGGGUCUAAUUUCACUCCCUGGGGCAAUGACUGGACUGAUAAUGGGAGGAGCUUCGCCCCUGGAGGCCAUUCAACUGCAGAUUGUUGUAAUGAACAUGCUUAUUGGUGCAUCUACAGUUAGCAGCAUCAUGUCAACUUACCUCUGUUGGCCUGCCUUCUUCACCACAGCAUAUCAGCUGGAAACUAAAGUCUUCAGUUCUGAAUGAGACUGAAAAGUUCCAUGAAUGUUUUAGAAAUUCUAGAUUUUUUCUUUGCUAGGCUGGUGCAUGAACCUUCUGUGGCAUUUGAAAAUUUGAUCUGGUAAUAGCUAUCUUAUAUGUUUAGUGCAUGGUUGAUUUUAUUUUGAGGUCAUGUCUGGGGAUGCUAAUAUCCUUCGCUUAAAGGGAUUCCCAAUUUCCCACUUUCUACUUAUAAAAGAUAUAAUAAC